AUGCGUCCAGACUUCAGUGGUUCUUUUCAGGCUGUUGCGUGUCUAACGGACAUGAACGCGCUACUGGACCGCUUUCACAACUAUAUUUUACCACAUUUACGAGGGGAGGACCACGUCUGCCAUUGCAACUGUGGAAGGCACCAUGUACACUAUGUGAUCCCGUAUGAUGGGGACCAGUCUCUGGUGGACUCUGCAGAUAACUACUUUGUGAGUGACAGUGUGACCAAGCAGGAGCUGGACCUGAUGCUGGGGCUGCUGCUGGGUUUCCUCCUCAGCUGGCUGCUGCUGUGCCUGGACGGGGUGCUGCACGCUACCCUCAGACGUUGGAGGGCCAAACAGCACCAUGAUGCGUUCUCCUGGUCAUGGGUUCCCCGCUUCUGUAACCUGGGGAGAAGGGUGCACAUGAGAAAGCUAGAGGACUCAAGUGGAAACAUGGUGCACAUUAAGCAGAAGAUGUACCACAACGGACACCCCAGCCCACGCCACCUCUGAAAGCCAUGGACAACGGACACCCCAGCCCACACCACCUGAGAGCAUUAGACUGGCUGAGACCAUAGAUUGAGACCUGCUGACAACUGACCAACCAGACACAAGGGCAGCUAAACAAAGACUAUCCAAGAUAUACCCUUCAAACCAUACUGUUUCUUAUUGCCACUGGAUAGAGCACUUUAACUGGCCCAAUGGCCUUCACACACAGUGCAAAACUCCUCACCGUCCAUAUCUGUCUUGACUGGAAAUGAUUUCAUGUAAAAGGAUGUAGGUAAUGUAGGGUCCAGUUAGUAGUGGGGUAAGCAAUUUGAUAAAAGCGUGUCAGUUUUUCAAAAUAGUAUAUAUAUAUUUGGUUUAGAAUGUCAAUUUUGCUAGAAGUGGGGAUAGGGUGUAUAUUUUGCUUGGGGUUUGUCUGUUUGUAAAACAGUUUGUUUAUUUUGCCUGAAUAUGCCCGUUAUAAAAUAAAAAUAUUUAUUUUGCUUGAGGGUGGUCAAAUUUUGAGAGGGAUUUGUGUAUUGGUAGUACUUUGUCUAUUUUAAAAACUUGGCAUGUGAAAGCUGUACUGAAAGGGGCCUAGGGAAUGUAUUUUACAUGGGUGGUUGUCAUUUCUUUCUUGGUUAUUGAUGUCAAUAAUUACACAUUAUUUGGGGUGGGAACGAGAACAUAAAUGCUGCCUGCUCAUCUAACUGUGUGGUGUGUACAGUAUAUGCAGUGU